AUGCCAUCUCAACCUCAGAACGAUCCUGGUGGGGUGCAGGCCUUGCUAGCUAAGCUACGGAGCUUGCAAGACCGUGUCACAGACACUGAUCCAAAUCAAUGCACGCAGUCUGGUCACCUGCGCCCGUGGGCUGUGUCGUCGCGGCCUCUGCCAGCGUACCUGCGUCGUUCAGGCGUGUUGGCCUCAGGAACCUCCAAUCCGCUUGCAUUGUCUAAGCAGCAGCAAGCUGCUCCAAGAGACGUAGAGAAUGAACAGGCCGUCAAACACACACUAAUGUUGUGUGAAGACGCAUCGUUUCUCAAAGCAUUUGGCAAGGUACGCCAUUGCCCUGUACUUAUGCAGCUCCAAACUGAGCAGGAUGCGCUUGAGCUGGCGCUAGCUAAAGAGCGCACAGCACUCGUGGGAAAAGACGAGGAGCAUCUCCGAGGACCUAAGUAUGUAAUCAAGCCUGUCAUUCUGUUCUCAAGUAUGCAACUAACCAAACCAAGUGGUGCUCGUACGCAAGCAGCUUAUGCGCAUUGGACUUGGGAAGCUCUACGUCGAUGGAAUCAGCUAAGGUAUUCACAGCAGCAACAGCUAGAGCAGGUAUGUAUUUCGUAG